AUGAAUAGAACAGCCAUAGUAUCCCGCAAAUCCUCCCCCCGGUGGAGAAUCAUCCUCGGAGUGCUUGGCGUGUUGGCAGCCCUUGGGCUAAUGAUCGGACUCUUAGUUCACUUUCUUGCAGUAGAAAACAGGAUCUACUACUAUCAAGGUAGCUUUAAAGUGCUGAAUAUUCCAUAUGACAGAAAUUAUGAAAGGGAAACAUCACUAGAAAGUAACUUCCUCAGUAAAAUCCUCGAGACUAAAAUGGUCGAUGCCUUUCAAAGUUCUAACAUUUACAGACAAUAUAUCAACUCUCAGAUCAUCACAUUGUUUCCUGAUAACAACAGCGUGACAGCCCAUAUAUGGCUGGUGUUUAAGGAUCCUUUGUCAGAGAAGGAAAACUUAAGAAGGAGAAUUGAAAGCAUCUUAUAUCGGAUGCUAGAGAACCACUCAGGAUCCCUGACUAUGGAUUCUGGGUCUCUGAAGCUCAUGGAAAUCAAUAAGGUUGAUGCUGAGAAGAUUAUCAAUAGCCGCUGCGGGAGACGACCAAGAAUGUCAGCAACCUAUGACAGAAUCAAGGGAGGUUCCACUGCCCACGAAGGAGAAUGGCCAUGGCAAGCGAGUCUCAGAGUGAACGGUAGACACCACUGUGGGGCAUCACUCAUUGGUGAACGAUUUCUGCUCACAGCGGCUCACUGCUUUCAAAAGACAAAAAAUCCAAAAAACUUAACUAUUAGCUUUGGCACUAAAGCAACCCCACCCUACAUGCAGCAUUACGUUCAAAAGGUUAUUAUUCAUGAGGACUACGUUACGUGGGACCAUCGCAACGAUAUCGCAGUUGUCCUGCUCACCGGAAGAGUUUCAUUCAAGAACGAUGUCCAUCGGGUGUGUCUGCCGGAAGCCACACAGAUUUUUCUACCAGGGGAAGGAGUCGUCGUUACAGGAUGGGGAGCACUCUCACACAAUAGCAAAUCCCCAUUGUUACUUCAGAAAGCACCUGUUAAAAUUAUUGACAUGGACACGUGCAAUGCUGAGGGAGCUUACGGGGGCAGGAUAGCAGACACGAUGCUCUGUGCUGGCUACAUGGAAGGCAAAAUUGACGCUUGCCAGGGUGACUCCGGAGGACCACUAGUGCAUCCCAAUUCUAGAGAUAUCUGGUACCUUGUUGGCAUAGUGAGCUGGGGAGAUGAAUGCGGCAAAAUCAAUAAGCCAGGGGUCUACACAAAAGUGACUGCCUACCGUGACUGGAUUGCUGCCAAGACCGGUAUCUAG